UUUUCCUCUGACUCCUUAAAGGUUGGAGGUGGGAGGGUUCUUUUUUACUUUCUCCCAGUGUUGCUCCUGGCCUGUGGCAAUAAUGGACACUCUGUGGCAGGUCUUCCCUUCCACCCUCCACUUUGUCCCUUAGAAACUAUUGGUCGCUGCCCCUUUAAGCAGGGCCACACCUCCCCCCACCCCCGAGCUCUCAAGGGAGUGGGGGUGUGGUAGUGGUGGGGGGAGGCUGACCGGUCUCAUCCCUGUCAACCACGGAAGAUGGCCCAGGCUGGGGGAGUCGCUCCCACGUUCUGCUGCUCCCUCCCCUGAACCAGGGGACGGGGAGAGCCCCUCCCUCCCUCUCUCUCCUGCUCCACUCGCGACGCGGAGAUGGCUCCGUGGCCUCAGGGGAACGGCUCUCUGGCCUUGUGGCCAGACGCCCCUACCCUUGUACCCAACACCGCCAACACGAGUGGGCUGCCAGGGGUACCUUGGGCUGCGGCAUUGGCUGGGGCGCUGUUGGCGCUGGCCACUGUGGGAGGUAACCUGUUGGUAAUCGUGGCCAUCGCCCGGACGCCGAGACUCCAGACCAUGACCAACGUGUUCGUCACUUCGUUGGCCGCAGCCGACUUGGUGGUGGGACUCCUGGUAGUGCCGCCAGGGGCUACUUUGGCGCUGACUGGCCACUGGCCCUUGGGCGCGACUGGUUGCGAGCUCUGGACCUCGGUGGACGUGCUAUGCGUGACCGCCAGCAUCGAAACCCUGUGCGCCUUGGCUGUGGACCGCUACCUGGCCGUGACCAACCCACUGCGUUAUAGUGCACUAGUCACCAAGCGCCGUGCUGGAGCGGCCGUGGUCCUGGUGUGGGUGGUGUCCGCCGCGGUGUCCUUUGCGCCGAUCAUGAGCCAGUGGUGGCGCGUAGGGGCGGACGCCGAGGCGCAGCGUUGCCACUCCAAUCCGCUCUGCUGUUCCUUCGCCUCCAACAUGCCCUACGCGCUGCUCUCCUCCUCAGUCUCCUUUUACCUUCCGCUUCUGGUGAUGCUCUUCGUCUACGCACGAGUUUUCGUGGUGGCCAAGCGCCAACUGCGCUUGCUGCGCCGGGAGCUGGGCCGCUUCCCGCCGGAGGAGUCUCCGUCGGCUCUGUCGCACUCUCGAUACCCUGUCACCUCGGGGACGUGCGCUUCGACUCAAGUGCCCUCCGGCGGUCGGCGGCCCGCGCGGCUUCUGCCUCUCCGGGAGCACCGGGCCCUGCGCACCUUGGGUCUCAUCAUGGGCACCUUCACUCUGUGCUGGUUGCCCUUCUUUCUGGCUAACGUGUUGCGCGCCCUAGGGGGACCCUCUCUAGUUCCUGACCCGGCUUUCCUCGCCCUUAACUGGCUAGGCUAUGCCAACUCUGCCUUCAACCCACUGAUCUAUUGUCGUAGUCCGGACUUUCGCAGCGCUUUCCGCCGUCUUCUGUGCCGCUGCAGCGGCUGCCGUCCAGAGGAGACCCGGGCCACUGCCUCCCCAGCCCGCCAUCCCUUGAGCUCUCCAGCGGCCGGGGCCAGCCCCGUGGAGUCCAGGCCACAUUCACCGCUCAACAGGUUUGAAGGCUAUGAAGGUGAGAAUGCACUUCGAAUAUGAAGGACAGCGCAGGAGGAACCUGGCUUCCUGAGGAGUUUUAAGAAACAAUUCCGUGGAUGCAGAACCUUUGGAAAGUCUCUGGUCUCUGUUCAGAAUGAGGCCUAAGGAGUGCCCCAGCUGUAGAACUACUUUCCAGAACCUGCCGACUGGGCUAUGGAAUGGGAAGGGGGUUCCUUAAACCAAGGGGGUUUUCACCAUCUUCUCUCUCUCCGAGGGAAGUUUUCUAAACCUCAUCCCACUACUACCUCAGCAGCCAGGCUGCCAGGCUGCCUGCACCAGCUGCCCUGAGAGCAGCCCCAUGGCUAUGACAGGGUGCGUAUCACCUGGCUCACUUGUGUGUGGUGUGUGCAGGGCAAAGAGAGCACUCUAGCUCCAUUCCUGCUGCUGCCCAGACCCAGAAAAACCAUGGGUAUUCUCUAGGUUCUGUGACCAGGCUAGAAGAGGGUUAGGGUUAGGGUUUUGUCCCUGUUUCCUGCUCUAUGGCUCUUGGCACAACAAUGUCUCUCACAUUAGACACAGAACAAGUCUGAUCUACCUCACAGCAGAAGGAUUUCUUCAGGGUUGGGGGGGGGAUUCUAGGGUUCAUAGGAAGAUGAACCAUUGGAACAGAUCCCUUCUUUUCCAUUUAAAAUCAAAUUAAUAAAUAUUACGGAAUACAGCUCAUCCUUUGCUCUCUUUUUCUCUCCAUUUGUUUUCUUUUCAUAAUCCAUUUGCUCCCUUCCCUUUUACUCAGAGCUAGCUUUUGACAGAGACCGUAAAUUAUAACUAAUCCCCGUCCCUUUCUUCCUAAUCCUCAGAAAAACAAAAAAUGAAAAUCUGUGUGGGUGAAGUGUGAAGCGAGUCAGCUCAGGCCUUUGACUCUCCUGCCUCCCUAUGCUUUCUGAAAUUCCUGGAAUCCAGUUGCAAGGGAGUAGCAAAGCCAGGCUCACUGUGUCCAGGAUCAUACAUGGGACAUUGGUCACUUUCCAUAUUAUAAACCCAUGGGGGAUCCAUAAUCUUUUAUUGCCAGCAGGAACCAGUUUGGUUCAGUGCCAUGUCUAUGUGAUGUGUGUGUGUGUGUGUGUGUGUGUGUGUGUGUCUAGACAUAGCACAGUAUUUUUUUUUUGUGUUGGGCAAUGUCUUGGGCAAUAAACAAAUAUUUCCAUAGCCUCUACCUUCCCACUCUAUUCCUAGGCUGCAGAAAUUUAUGUUAUUCUCUUCGAGUAAAACCAAAGUUACAAUUUUGA